AUGGAGCAAUAUAGCUCGGUGGAAAAUGAAACAGUUCUAGGAAGCGAAAACGAAGCUUCCCAGCAACUACAGACCGAAAUUGAUCACCAGCUAGGCGGUCAAUUUUCAAAUCCGUCAUACAAAUCGAUCGACCCACAGUUGUGGCUACAUGAUGAGUCUGAUAUGACUGUCGGUAAUGAACAGGAAUCUAAUCCCAAUCUGGAGCCCAUCUCAUCCCAUGAUUAUGGGGGACUGCUGGCCCCAGAACCAAUGGAUUUCUUUCCUGGCUCAUUGAACUUUGGAACUAUAAGUGGCAAUAGAACUCCAAGAACUAUGAUUACUUUUGGUCUAGAAACAGAUCUUGACUUCAGUACGGUCGACCUCAGCCUUCUCGACUCUUACAAUACUCACAACCCCUUCGAGUUCGACACACUAGCGAUUUAUACGCCUUUAUUCGAGUCCAUAGAUAAAACUAUGAACGACAACGGUAUUAAUGAAACAAAGGAUUCAUAUUCUCCACACCGGCGAAUAUGGCGUUUCGUUCCAACCUCUGAGGACCAUGGCUUUUGCGAACAUGAUAAUCUUUUAUUACCACCAAAAGCCGUUUCUAACCCAACUCCUGAAAGUUUAGUCGAUUUUGAUAGCCGGUCGACACCUGGAAGGCUUGAUUUAUUAUCCCGUGACAAAAUUCUUAGUAUCGCCGUCAGUCAAUUGAAACAACCGAUCUCUCUAGCAGUGUCUUCCUUUCCCUCACUCGAAUUGCUGGACAGUCUCAUCCAAUAUUACCUCACUGCACCAUUUUCAAGCGGAAAUUUAUGGUUUCAUCGAGCUAGCUUUAAUCCCAAAAGGGUCCGGCCCGAACUUCUGCUUGCAAUGGCGGCGGCUGGGGCUGUUUUGACUCCAGAUUCCACUCUUCGGAAAUUGGGGUUUGCCAUGCAGGAAGUUGUCCGCCAUCAACUUCAAAUAAUCUUUGAAGGUGACAAUACAUUAAUUCGAGAAGUGGAGCUACAUGAAGCAUUCUUGUUGAAUCUAGAAAUUGCGAUAUGGAGUGGGAAUAGCCGGAAAAUGGAAAUUGCUGAAAGCUUUCUUCAGCCUUUACUAACUAUGAUACGCCGCGGAGGAAUGCUCCACCAUUCUUCGUACCCAGCAAUUACUGUUCACGAUAGUGAUGAUGGAGAUGUUUUAGAACAGAAGUGGAUGUCAUGGGCUAAGCAGGAAUCGGCGAAACGGCUGGCAUAUCGUGUUCUGAAACACGACGCGCAAUCUUCUAUGGCACUUCUUAUCAACCCAUUGAUUUCCUAUGCAGAAUUUUCCGUUCCCUUGCCAGCUUCUCCCCGGCUUUGGACUGCGGCGUCUGCUCAAGAAUGGAAAGAGAUUUAUUUACAAGAUAAUGCCGUUUUUGCGUCGGGUCCAGUUCCAACGCUGAGUGACUGUGUCGCCAACUUUGACGUUUUAGAAUCGAACAGGUCUGUUUCAGAUACUACCAUAUUAUGUGAUGCGAUAUUGCAUACUAUGUGGGCGAUAGUGUGGGAGUAUCGACGAUUCAAGUCCCUACUCGGCAACAACUCCCGGUAUUGGGACAAUGGUCUUUUGAUGACAUCUCGCUACCAGGAACUUGCCAAACUUCUUGGCUAUUUCCGCAUUGGAUGCCAAGAUCAGAGUGGCAUAUUAUUAGAGGUGAUAUCAAUGCAUAUGCAUGUUUCCUUGGAGGAGAUUCAAGUAUUGGCUACCUUGGAUGAUCCUAUUAAGGCUCUUAAAACCCAGCAAUGUUCCUCAAUUAUGCGGUGGUCAAAAGAGAGAGAAGCUCGGCAAGCCAUAUGGCACGCUGGUCAAGUGAUACGACAUGUGAAAUUGCUCCCUCCGCAGACUUUGCGAGAUUUCACUGCAGUCCUACUUUAUCAUGCUGGAUUAGUCCUCUGGGCUUAUGGACUAUCCCUCCGGGUUAGAAAUGCUACGAACCCCCUUUAUGAAUCGCGUCUAGACAGGAGUCGUUUAGAUAGUCUGGCAUCUGCUGCAGGUAUUUAUGAACAGGAAAAUGCUUGGCUUGAUGGGGAGGAAACCGAAGAGGUGCGUCGGUACAUUUCACUUGAACGUGGAGUACCAGCUUUACGAGGUACACUACCUGAAACACUGCUUGUGUUGCUAGAUGAUCCAAAGGCGGUUCUUGAUGUGGUGCUGAGCGUCAUGGAAAGCAACUAUCCCGUCCAACCAUCCGUCAAAAAGCCUCCCUUAGUGGUGAAUUUGAUCCACCUAAUUGAAAAAGUACGUGAGGGGACUAGGUAUUGA